CUUAAUAGCCGUUGACAGCACUGUAAUAACACAAACGUCAUACGUUGGUGAUUCCAAGAAUUAAGAAUGAAACGGAUUGUAAAUAUAACAAAAAUAUUGUUAAAAUAGCCGCAAAACGUUUUUAAUAUGGCUCAAGACACAAAUCUAUAUGAUGUUCCUCUUUCAUGGCUUACAAACGAAUCUCGAAAUUUGUUAUCAAACUUAUUAAACUCAACAAAAGUGCUGCCUAGCGAUGGACCAGAGAAGUUACCAAGAUAUUGGCGGGGUCUGGCAUCAUUGGCCAACAUUUCAGCGGAAGUUGCAGCAAAUGUAGAGUUGCAGACAGACAGAACUGCCAAAGUCAUAGACAUAUGGAUGAAUGAUAAUAAUAAAACUGCUUAUGUUGGUUUUCUCCUUGAGUACCUGCAACGUCUUGACAGAUAUGAUGUAUACGAUGAUUGUAUUGAAUUACACAGACAAGGAAGACUUAUAGCAAGACCAUAUGACAAUGGUCCAAGGCUGUCAAUGGAGGUACCAGAUGAAGACAGUCUUAUUACCUAUGAAGACAGGAUGUUAGGAGAGCCACAAUACUAUCAUGCAUAUGUUGUGUAUGCACAGGAGGACAAGGAUUUUGUUGAUUAUCUACUGGUUCGAAUGAGAGCAGAAGGUUUUCGGCUAUGCACAGAAGAGGAUCUAUUACCGGGUCAUUCGACGCAGUACGCGCCUGUGUCGCGGCUGAUAUCGGAGCGCUGCCAGCGGAUCAUCCUCGUUUACUCCCCGGACUUUCUCAAGUGUCCCGCAAACAGCUUUUAUACUAACUAUGCACAGGCUGUUGCUAUUGAACGAAAACAGCUAAAGAUAAUCCCGCUGAUGUACCGUCAGUGCCAGCUGCCGAUACAGCUCACCUACUACCACAAGCUUCACUACCCGCAGCAGCACCAAAAGUCGCCCUACGAUUUCUGGCAGCGUCUCAGCGACACGCUCAGGAUAACAAACUUACCGAGAUUAAACAGUUCUGGAUCAAAUCAUUCUGCAUUGGCCAUUAGAGAGGUGACAACAAGCAACAAUACAUUCGAAUCGAGAAACAUAGCCAACGGCUUCACAACAAAUAAAACAGCCUUCUUACAGCUACCGAGCAUUCCGACAAUAAAAUCUAUCUCAAUGUCUGGUUUGGACAGUUGCGACAAGAUCACAUUGGAUGACAAUAAAUCUCUGAGCAAUGUCAGCCAGUUGAGCGAAGGUAAACAGAAGAAACCUAACAAAAUAAAGAAUUUUAUAAACAGUUUGAAAAGGAAACCAAAAAAAGCUUUAGCGGUUAUGGACAGCUAAAAAUUCAGACAACGAAUUAGAACAAAACACACUGAAAAUUACAAGGUAUUGGUGUAGAUUCUUUUUUAAAAGAUUCUAAUUUGCCUAAUUUCCCUAGUAUUGUCUUUUUAAUGCUAGUUUCAUACUAGGGUAGUAGUGUAUUGUAUUGCCCUUGUGGAUUUUUGCUGAAGUUUUUAUACAUUCUUGUGGUAAGAGAUAUGUAGUAAUAGUGCUUUUUAUGCAAUUUUUUUAUAUAUGACCAAUGAAAAAAUAUAGCAUGUAAGAAGUUUUGAAUCGACUGCAAUUUAAAUAUGAAAAAAUCCAGAUUAAUACUUGAGAAGUUAUGAGGUUGUGAAAUUUAAAAAAAUAUGCUUUUAGAAAAAAAAAAUGAUUAUAAACAAUCUAUUAACCCAUAACAUUCUCUUUUAUGAAAAAAAUGACAAUUUUUUGACGAUUUACUGACUGUGCGUGCGCACUCAGUGUUGGUGCUGCCAUUAAGUCAAAUAAGUCAAAUAAACGAAAAAAAAUAUAUAUUAAAUAACAUAACAUUAAAGAUAGGUUUUCUUCCGAUAAUUCCAUUGUUAUGUUUGAUAAUAAUAAUAUAGUUGCCCAACUUUUUUAAUUAGACUUGCUGUACUGAAGGUAGAAAUUGUAUGAUAGGGCAACACUUAAAAUA